GUAAGCUUUUUAGCCUCUAUCUGGGACUCAACAUAAUAAAUAUAUGCUAAAAUGGUCCCACCAGAUUCUGCAAUACAUUGAAUCUGCGACAACCCUCUCCCAUUGCUAUAUAACCACCAAGAAUACGGACACAGACAGAUCUUCAUUUUCCAAAGCUAAUAGAGGAGUUGUUCUUCGUGAUAUUCAGGAAAGUCUAAUUUGGUUUUAUGGGUGCCCAACUGUGUAUGUAAGUUCUCGACCCAGAUAAUUUGAUUUGCUUCUUUUGAUGAACCCAAUUGUUGAUCUUUUAUUUUUCAUCUUCUUUCUAUCAAUUCAAUUUUGGGUGAAUUUUGUCUGUAACAAGCUUUCUUUAUUUGGUUGAUCGUGACCACCUAUUAGUGGAUUCUAUCUCUCUCGAUAUAUAUUUAUAUAUAGAGAGAGUAUUGUGUGUAUAAUCUGAAUCUAUAUGGAAGAAGUGUUGCUUAAAUAAUUAUAUAGAUAGCUCCUGAAGGACCUCGAAUGCUAUAGGAGGGAAUUACUGGAAAUUUGUUUGGGGGUUUCUGAGCUGUAGGGUCCUAUUACAGUGGACAAUUGGCUUUUAAGGUAAAUAAGUCAUGGGUCUGAUUUGUAAGACAGACUUUCACAGGGCAAAAAUUUACUGUUGAACUAGGGAUUUUGAAGGAAAUGAGUUCAUGGGUUUGAUCUGAAUUGUAGUUUUUUAGCUAGAAAUGCAAGGGAAUUUAUCAUCAGGGAAUAUGAUUUCGGGCAGUGGUUCUUAUGGGGGCCUUGACUUGCAAGGUUCAAUGCGAGUUCAUCAUCAACAGCAACACCCAAUUCCACUCCAUCAACAUCAUCACCCUCUUCCUAGACAAGGGUCAAUGGUGAAUCCUUCGAUUCAUGAGGGUUUCCCCUUCCGAAAAGGGAGCAUGCAUGAUUGCGAUCAGACCAUUUCUUUGGCAGAUUACCCAAAGGGAGAAAGGGGGGAAAAUCCGGCAAGUGAUGAGGAUGAACCCAACUUUACAGAGGAUGCUUUUGAUGGUCAAAACGAUGCGAAUAAAGGGAAGAAGGGAUCACCAUGGCAACGUGUCAAGUGGACUGAUACGAUGGUUAGGCUUCUGGUUACAGCAGUCUCUUACAUUGGUGAGGAUGCUACAUCUGAAUAUGGCAAUGGGUCGAGAAGGAAAUAUGUUAAUUUACAGAAAAAAGGUAAAUGGAAAUCAGUUUCGAAGGUUAUGGCUGAAAGGGGCCAUUUUGUUUCACCUCAGCAGUGUGAGGAUAAAUUUAAUGACCUUAACAAAAGGUAUAAGAGGCUUAAUGAGAUCCUAGGAAGGGGAACUUCUUGUGAGGUUGUUGAGAGACCAGAACUUCUGGAUGUGAUGGAUCACGUAUCAGAGAAAGCAAAGGAGGAGGUCAGGAAAAUUCUAAGCUCGAAGCAUUUGUUCUAUGAAGAGAUGUGUUCUUACCAUAAUGGGAACCGAUUGCAUCUACCCCAUGAUCCUGAGUUGCAGCGUUCUUUGCGGUUGGCUCUUAGAAGUAGAGGUGAUAAUGAGAACAAUGAUGUGAGGAGGCAACCACAUGAUGAUUUUGACGAGGAUAAUCAAGAUGCAGAAGCUGAUGAUCGUGAUGAAUUUGAGGAGACUGCUAUACAUGAUGAUCGCAGGGGAAUGUAUGGGAUGCCUGGGGGCUCUGCAAAGAAGAUGAAGCAAUCCGAGGGUAACGAAAAUAUUAGUCUUGGGAAUGCCUUGACUACUCUGGGGUGUGACAAAAGUUCCAAUUCUUACCCACAAAAUACUCAUUUUGAUAUAAAUCAACUGUUACCUGAAGGGGUGAAAGCAAACCUUUUACAAAAGCAGCGGAUGGAACAUCGCUCACUUCAGUUAGAAGAGCAGAAACUACAAAUACAGGCACAGAUGUUAGAAUUGGAGAAAGAGCGGUUCAAAUGGCAGAGAUUCUGCAGUAAGAAAGACCAAGAGUUGGAAAUGAUGAGGAUGGAAAAUGAGAGGAUGAAGCUUGAGAAUGAGCGCAUAGCAUUGGAGUUGAAGCGGAAGGAGAUGGAUGCUGACCGUAACUGAAUGGCCAGUGUUGUCAAAAUUUGUUUCUUUUGUUUUUGAUUCUGUGUUCUUUGUUCCCAUCGAACCUUGUCCUAUUGCCAAUGCAGUAGCUUUGAUUAAUCAGCUGCAUGUGACUACAGCAGACGCGUUAAUACUUUUCUCGAAGGUCAUAGGAUGAGUCCAAGUGAACAUGCUGCUGCUGGUUCUGUUGUCGAGCAGGAUUUGCGUAUCAAGUUAAGUGUCAGAUGCAGGUGUCCCACGUUCAAAGUUUGCCAUUUCUAAACGUUCGCUGAAACAGCUCGGCCGUCUUUUUUAGCUUUUGAUGAUUUGUUGCAUGUCAUGUGGGAGGUUAGUUUUCUUGGCAAAAGGACAGUGUUCUGUGUUGCAACAUCCUUUUCUGGCUCAGGAACUGUGUUUCAUGUAUAAUUUAAAGACUUGUUUAUGCUUCUUUUUUUUGUCUCUCUUAUGAAGACCAAUUAAUGGUUUACAUAUUUCAUUCACUGACUAGAAAUGGAGCGCUAUUAAUUGUAUCCUGCAGCCUAAAA